AUGGCAGAAAUCCCUUGUGUUCAGGCUUUUGGAUACAUACCACCAUAAAUUUCAUCUCAUUAUUAAGCCUUUGAAGAUAAGUAAAAUGUACUAAUCUUUUUGAAUUACUUUGAGAUUGAUAAUUAGAUGCUUAUUCUUCUCUCUCCCUGUCCAAUUGAAUAUAGUCAAUAAAGUAAAUUUAAUUUAAUAUCAUUUCAAAGGUUUCAUCGUUUUUAGUUCAACAAUUUGUCCUAGAUAUAAAGUAUCAUAGAAACUUAUUGUUUCAAUAGGCUAAUUUAAAUCGAUUGUUAGUUUUAAUAUACUAUUAUUUGGUGAUUUAUUCUUAACUAAUAAAACAUAAUUUCAACCUUAUAAUGCUCGUAACUUUUAGACUUUUAUUGAACCUACUCCUUUACCUUAAAUAAAUAUUUUAGUUGUUCCUGGAGUUUACAGUAUUCACUUUGAUCAAAUUUAUGAAUUUCUAGAAUGUAAAUUAGCAUAAAAAAAUGAACCAAUCCAACCUCAAACUAAAUUCUAUACUCUUUAUUAUACUACCAAUCCUUAUAGGGUUUGCAAUAUUUAAUAUCAAUUUGAUAAAAAUACUUAAUUAAUUGAUUACUUAUUUUAUUUAAUUGAUAAUUCAAUCUAUUCUGAUAUAAAUGAAAUUUAAUAGAUUUUUAUGUUGGAUAAUCCUAAAGGCACAUUAUUAGAUUUUUUAUAAGGAAAAAAUUAUCCACCUUCUGUUAAUUUUGUUUAAUGUAUUAGAAAGAAUUUUAAUCUCAAUGUUUAAGACACUAAGUUCUACAUUUUACAACAAAUAAAAAGUAUUUCAUAAAUGCACUAAAAUGGUGAUUAUAUGAAAAUUUGUAAUAUAUCUCUGUAAUAUAAGUUUAGUUUGUCCAAAUUGUGAAGAAGAUAAUAAAUGUACCUUAUUAUCUUCUAAUUAUUAAUAAAUCUAUUUUGCUGGAGAAAGUGCAUUGUUUAAAUAUCCUCUAUCAAUUAAAUUUAUGGAUUUAGUUUGUAGAACAUUUUUAUAAUUAAUCUCUUAGUUAAUAUUGAUAGCAAAUGCAUAGAAUGCUACUUAUUAAAUUGGUAGAUUAGCUAAUAUUGAUAGAAUUGAAGAAGCCAUUUCUUGUCCUUCUUUUAAUCUUUAAAGAAAUUAUCAAAAUUUAGAAAUGCUUGGUGAUGUUGUAAUUAAGUAUUUAACAUCUGCUAUGUUAUUCGAAGAAACAAAAUAUAAAACAGAAAAUGUUUUGACUUCUGCAAGAGUUAGAUUAAUAACAAAUAAAUAUCUAAGUGGUAUUUAUUCUAAAUUGAAAUUGAAUACAAUGAAUUUUAAGAUUAAUUCAAAGAAAUUUUUAAAUCAUAUGAUGAUGAUUAUAAAUGAAUAAGAAGAUCCUAAACUAUCUUAAAAAUAAUAAGCAGAUAUUUAUGAAGCAUUAUGUGGAGCAUGUUAUAUAAAAAACUAUGAAUUUAAAGAUUUAAUUGAUUUUUUUAAAUUAAGUAAGUUUGAAUUUAAAGGAAAAUUAUAGUAAUUCUAUAAAGGAAAACCUUUAAUUGAUUUUAAAGAAAAUAUUAUAGAUAAAGAAAAUGAUAAUGAUUAUCCAUUAAAGAAAUAAAUAAUUGUAAGACCAUUCUCUGAAACAAUAAAAUUUAAUUAACCUUUUUAAGAAUUUGAAGAUUAUUUAGGAUGCAAAUUAAAUAAAAUUGAAGAAGCUCUGACACUAGAUGAAUUUGAAAGAUUAGAAUUUUUUGGAGAUGCAAUAUUAGAAUUACUUGUAAUUGUAAAUGUUCAUAAGGAAUGUGAAAAGUUAUACUAUAAUCCUUAAUAAUAAUAAUUAUGUAGAGAAGGUAAAAUUACAUAAAAAUUGUUAUUAUGUCCAGGAAUGCUUCACACUGCUAAAAUAUCUUUACUUGAUAGUGGAUUUAUGGGAACUAUGGCAAUUUAUCAUAAUUUUCAUUAGUAUGCUAGAAAUCUUACUAGAGAAACUUAGAAUGAUAUAAAAAGAGUCUUAACAUUAUUAAGAGAUGAAUAAUUUACUGAUUUUAGAAAAAUCAAUUAAUAUUCAGCAUAAAUUCCAAAAACUAUGAGUGAUCUAUGGGAAAGUGUAGCAGCUUGUAUUUUUGUUGAAUAUGGAUGGGAAAUGGUUGUUAAAAUAUAUGGAGAAAUGUACAAACCUUAUAUUAAGUAUGUAGUUGAUAAUAUUUCUUUAAUUUACGAUUUUUAUCAAAGCUCUGGAAGUUUAAAAUGA